AUGACUAAAAAAACAAAACAUUAUAAGAAUAUGUUGCUAGCAUCUCUGCCGACAAUUACAACUUUACACGGAACCAAUCAGUUUUCAGUACUAUCGGGCAGGAAGAUAAUUCUAUGGCGGUUUCUGAUGUUACUGAAUAUGAUAUUGACAAUUGCCUUUGUACUGGUCAUCAAAAAUAGAUACAAUAACGACCAGAUUUUAACACGGAUCAGCAACAAAUGCCAACUGAACGAGACGCCAUUCCCUGCUGUUAGUAUUUGUAAUUUCAACACGGUGUCAUUGCGGGAAAGUCAGACCAUCACUCGAAUAUUGAAAAAUCACGGCGUUUUAGAAUCGGAUGUAAUACUUUUCUUGUACAAUCUGCAUCAUUUGCGGGAUUAUAGUUAUUCAGCGCAGAAUGUUAGCCAUUUUACUGAAAUAAUGACAAUUCUAAAGGAUCACUAUUUCACUGUAGAAUCAAUAAUGGAAGAGGUUCGUCAAAAAUGUGACAAGUUAUUAUUGCACUGCACCUUCAACAGGAAGGUUAAAAAUUGUGUCGAUAUGUUCAGAUUAAUUAAAACACACGACGGGCAUUGCUGUACAUUUAACUACGCUGCUCUCAAUGACGACAGUAAAGGUUCUGUGUCAGCGAAAGACGAAGAUAUAGAAUAUUACGAAGACCCAAGUGGUGAGGAUGCGACUACAAAUCAACCAGUCGUGGUGACGUCAGAGUCGGGCAGAGGAUCUGGUCUCAGUGUUAUAUUAAAUGUGGAACCAGAUGAUUACCCAGAUUGGUCCGGCGUACCGUACUACGGGGCGAAGAUUUUGAUCAGCGAUCCUAACGAUUAUCCGGAGAUCACAGUAUCGUAUAGAUUUAUAAGCCUCGAAGAGUCAUUGGACUUGAAAAUACAACCGUUGGUGUUUCAAUGUGAGGAGGAUAUCCGCAAUGUGUCUCCAGAGAAGCGCGCAUGUUACAUAUCAGAGGAUCAGAGAGCUUGUGACCCGGUGUGCUACAUGGAAUGCUGGGACAAGAGGUACAGAGUUACUAGUGACAUCACACCAUUCGUUCCAGAUAUGUUCCCGCCGAGUGUCAUAAACACGCACAACGUGAGCGAGCUGUCCGCUCUACAAGUUUACUACGCCAAGUCUACGUGCAACAGCUACAAGUUAAUGCUCCUAAUGGACUUCAAUUACUUCAUCGGUGAAUCAGUGAAGGACGCCACUGUCUAUAUUCACGUAGGAGACAGAGCGGAGAGUUCGACUAAAUUGAAUGGGCCGGGAGACGCAUUAUCGCCUUGCUCGGAAACUAAUUGA